AUGAAGAACAAUUCAAUUAUCGUAUUUUUUGCUAUUCUCGUUUUGGCGAAUCUUGUAUAUGGUCAAAGUGGUAGUAGUACUACUUCUUCGCCAGCAACAACUGUUCCUGCUGCUCCCACUACUACUGCUCCUCUUCCUUCAAUUGCGUCUUGUAUAUCACAAUAUUGUGUUGCCACUGCUAGUGACUACUUAGAUUGUCGUGCUAAAUGUGCUGGAGUGCCAAAUCCUAGUGAAUCAGAUAUCGAUAAAACUAACUCAUGUCUCGCAAAGUGCAACCAAACCAGUUCCGAUUAUGAAAGUUGCCGAGAAGAAUGUCUUGGAAAUUAUUACACAACAUCUGCUGUUUUUACUACAUCAACCCCUAACACUAAUAAACCUAAUACCAAUGGCCCAACUGGUAGCGGAGGCCCUAAUCCCAGUGAAAUCCCAACUACUACUGCAACUCCAUCAGCAACAUCAUCUUCUAACUCUUUCAUUUCUCAAAAUCUUUAUUCUUUAAUAUUGUUGGGAAUAUGUAUGGUUGCCGGAAUAUUGGGUAUCGGCUUAUAA